GGCCUGCUCUCCCUUCUUUGGCUUCUUCUUUAGCUUCUUCUCUUUCUCUGGCUCUUGGUUUCACCGAAUCUGAUCAAGGAGGACUCUUUUAAGGCAAUAUAUCUUGUAAAAAAGAGGGGGGAACAUGGUGAGUGUACGAAUAAAAGAGCUACAAAAGCCUCAAGGAUCACCAAGGACGGAAAUCGGAGAGAUCGACACCAGGGCACCUUUUCAAUCUGUCAAAGCUGCUGUUAGUUUAUUUGCAGAAGUUGCUUUGAAUAGGAGGAAGCCUAAUGUCAGGAGGUCAAGAUCUUUGGAGAAUGUGAUAGAUAAGGAGGCACAACUUCUCUUGGCCCAAAAACAACUCACCAAGAUCAAGCAAAAGCUUGAGACUGCUGAAACUACCAAAGCUCGAGCACUUACUGAACUUGAAAGGGUAAAAAGAAUCAUGGAAGAUUUGACUAACAAGCUCAAAACUGUAAGCGAGUCCAAGAUAUCCGCAGUUGAGGCCACAGAGGCUGUGAAGAGAAAGGGAAAACUACUGCAAGAGCAAAAAUCUCAGAAACACUUCGGAAACGUUACUCGGAAACAUGAGUUGCAGCAAGCAAGAGAGCAGUACUUGGCCGCUGCUGCUGAGCUUGAUGCAGCAAAGCAAGAUCUCAAUAAAAUUCGGCAGGACUUUAAUGCUGCUUUGGAAGCGAAAUCCGCUGCAUUUCAACAAGCAGCAAAAGCACAGCAUUCAGUUAAUAUGAAUGCAGAAAAGGUCAGUGAAGUUUCGAAGGAAAUCUCUGCGAUGAAUGAAUCGAUUCAACAAUUAAAGCUUGCCUCUCAACAAGCUGAACAAGAGCAAGCAAAGAUUGCUGCUGAAAAAGAAACUCGCAUACAAACUUGUAAAACCUGCAAGGAUGAAGCAGAAAAGCAGCUGCUAACUUUGAAGAAUGAAUAUGAUCCUGAACUGACCAGAACCAUUGAAGCAAAGCUCGCAGAAACAAACGCUGAUAUUGGAGUUCUACAGGAAGAGAUGAAAAAUGUUCACGCCUCCAAAAUGAAUCAUGUGAGAGUGGUAACCACAGAGCUCGAUGAUGCCACAAGGAGAUUGCAAGAAGUUGCAGAAGAAGAAAGGUCUCUUCAAAGCUUUGUGAGUACUCUUAAGCUGGAAUUGGAAAAUGUGAAGAAGGAGCAUGUCGAAUUUCAGGAGAAGCAAGCAGCUGCAGAACAAAAAGAAACAGAUCAGUUACUAUUUGCAGCAGAAAAUGCACAUCGGGAAGCUGAAGAGCUGCAAAGAACUACUGAAGAGCUAAAGCACGAAGCUGAAACUGCCCAAAGGAGAGCAGCGGAAGCCGAAUCAAAGCUGCAACUUGCACUAAAAGAGGCUGAAGGGGCAAGAGAGGCAGAGAAGAGAGUCCACGAUGAGAUUAAGGUCUUGAUUGGAACACAACAAACGCCACAGCCAGAUUCUCCUGCCAAGAUCAAGAUUUCAAAGGAGGAGUUCGAAUCUCUGAAGGGAAAGCAGGAGGAAUGCAACAAUUUAGCGGAAAUGAAAGUUGCUGCUGUGAUGGUACAAUUAGAGAUAAUCAAUGCAAACAAAGACGAAGCAGAAGAGAAAUUAGAGGCAGGUUUGAAAGCAAUAGAGGAAAUAAAGGAAGCAACAGACCUUUCUUUGAAGGCGGCUGAGAAUGCCUCAGCUGCACAAUGUAUGGUUGAGGGUGAACUCCAAAAAUGGCGUCAAGAAGAGGAAACAGUAGCUUAACCUGCUUCCUGCAAUCUGCAAAAUAGAGGGAUGUCAU